UACUGAUCUGCACACACAUAAUAACAAAACAAUAUAAUAAUUCGAAAUGGCCCCAGAAGUUCCGCCGGCCGCCGCCGCGCUCUGCAGCUCCGACAGGGCCUACGUGACGUUCUUGGCCGGCAACGGCGACUACGUGAAAGGGGUGGCGGGUCUGGCCAAAGGGUUGCGGAAGGUGGCCACCGCCUACCCUCUCGUGGUGGCCGUACUGCCGGAUGUUCCGCCGGAGCACCGCGAGAUUUUAAAGUCUCAGGGGUGCAUCAUCCGAGAAAUCGAGCCCAUUUAUCCUCCGGAGAAUCAAAUUCAGUUCGCCAUGGCCUAUUAUGUCAUCAACUACUCCAAGCUUCGCAUUUGGAACUUUGUGGAGUACAAGAAGAUGAUAUAUUUGGAUGGAGACAUCCAAGUGUACGACAACAUAGACCAUCUUUUCGAGAAGCCAGAUGGGCAUUUCUACGCCGUGAUGGACUGCUUCUGCGAGAAGACAUGGAGCCACUCGGCCCAGUACAAGAUCGGAUACUGCCAGCAAUGCCCCGACCGUGUGAAGUGGCCGUCCGGCUCCGGCUCCCCUCCACCGCUGUAUUUCAACGCCGGCAUGUUCGUGUUCGAGCCCAGCAUUGAGACCUACGACUCCCUUCUCGCCACUCUGCGUGUAACCCCACCCACUCCUUUUGCCGAGCAAGAUUUUCUGAAUAUGUUCUUCCAGAAGAUAUACAAACCUAUUCCUCCCACGUACAACCUCGUUUUGGCCAUGCUGUGGCGCCACCCCCACAACGUCGAUGAUGUCCAUAAACUUAAAGUCGUCCAUUACUGUGCUGCUGGAUCGAAACCAUGGAGGUACACGGGGAAGGAAGCAAACAUGGACCGAGACGACAUCAAAAUAUUGGUGGCAAAAUGGUGGGACAUUUACAACGACACGUCGCUCGAUUUAAAGUCUGAAAACGGCGUCGUUCAGGAGGGAGAUGAGGCCCAGACUCUGCCAAAGUUGUCAAUCAUGGCCUCCAUUCCUGAGCCCAACAUUUCCUAUGUCCCUGCACCUUCCGCUGCUUGAUGAUUAUUCAUCAUACCCCCAAUACCAUACCAUAUCAUUUGAAUUUCCCUUUAAAAAAACUUUACAAUUUUAUAUUUAUACGCACUCUUGCUAUUAUACUUUCUUAAUUAAGUGUAUCUAAUUAAACUGAAAUUUCGACACCCAUUGAUAUUAUACUAUAUACAUAGAAGACAAAAAAAAGAGGCUGAUAUAGUUUUUUUUUUUUUUUGGUUGUGAUAUGAAUGUAUUUAAAUAUUAUGUCAUAUAGUUUUCAAUAAAUGAGAAGUAGUGUUCUCUGUUUA